AUGAAAUUUUCACCCUUUCAAAACCUGGAAAUCUAAAAGAGAUAAAAUAACAGUUUGGUGACAUAAAAAUAAUUCAUUGUAUUUAAACUUUUAGUUUCAAACUUUAAAAAAUAUACUUAAAAGUAGAUGCAUUUAGGAAUUCUUUUUACACAAUAUUAGCAUAAGCAGAACCAUAAGAAUUACAAUAAUUUUUCAGUAGUGUAAGAGUAUCCAAAAAAAAUUAUUCGCUGCAACAUUAAUUUUUACAAAAAUGUUAUUAAUGAAUUAACAGCCAAUUAAUUUUCUGAAUAAGAUUAUCAACAUAAGCUAUCAAAAUAAAAAGGAUAAAUAGAAUAUUUCUCAUUUUAAUUAUCUAUAGAAGAAUAAUUGACUUCAGAAGAAAUUUAAGAUUUAGAGCUAAUAGAAAAAGAAUUCGGAGAAAUAUUGAUAGAGGAAUUUCCGUCCUCUUAGCAAAUGGAUAAAAUGAUGAAAAUUAUUGAAGCAGUUUCUCUUACAGAAUCAAUAAAAAACCUAACAGAAGAAAAGCUAAAUUUCUUAAAAUUGAGAUUGGAGCUAGAGAAAUUUGAUAGUUUGUUUCUUGAAUUAAGCAAAAUCUAGGAUUCAAGUAAAAACAAAACUAUUGGUUAAAUUGAGAUUUUGCACUAUGAGGAAUUAACCAGUCAAACAGAAAGUGUCAUUAAAACUCUCAAAACUUUUGAAUGCACAGAUAAGGAAAUUUUUCAAAUACUCAUAAAUGAGGAGCUGAGGGACCUGGAAAGAAAAAUAAGUGAGUAUAAACAAUAUUACUAAAACUAGUAAGGUAAGAAUAUUGAGGUAUAGGGAGUUGUGAAGAGAAGGAUUUCUCAAUAAAUAUUAAAAACAGAGAAAUAGGAAGAAGUUGAGCUGAAUAAGUAAACUUCAAAACAAAAAGAAAAUCAUCAAAUAAUUGAAAAAGAUGUACUUCCUAGAGAUAUUGAUAAUGAUAAUUUUAAUAAAGAGACAUAUAGUGUGUUCUUAUAAUUCAUGAUUAAGGUUGUAAAAUUACAAGCAUUAUUAAUUAAAUAAGAAAGGGAACUUUUGUAAAAAUUAUUUGAGGAAAUUACUCUUUUUUCUGACAAAUUAGAUCAAAUUUAAAAGUAUAAAUAAGAAGUUCAAGCAAAUCUCUAUUAAAAAUUUUAUUUGUAUUUUUUAACCUUGAUUAAGAGCUAUGAGUAAUAGAAAUGGGCAAAAGUCAAACAAUAACUAAAGGAAGACGGAAAAUUUCAACUUUAAUUUCAAACAAUUUUAGACAAUUUACCUUUAGAAGUAAAUGAGGUUACUUAAUAGGAAAAUAAUAUUGAUUUGAAUGAUUUAAAGGUUUAAAUUAAGGAAAAAUUAGAUGAAUUAGGGUUUUUUACAAACCAUUUAAUUGAUCAGGAAUUUCUCAUUUCAAAAUUAAGAAAAAUUUACUUACUGCAAAAUGAAGAAGAAUUUGAUGAAGAAUAAAAUUAGAAAUCAGGAUUACUUGGAGAAUUAAUUUAAAAAUAUUAAGAUUUUGACAAUAAUUAUAUAUGGAAAAUUAAAUAGGGUCUUGUUUUUACAAUAAUAUAGAUUUCUUUAAAUUGCUUUUCAGAUAAAAUGAUGCAAUUUUGUUAAAAUGCCCUAAUCUAACUGUGGACAGAGGAGAAAGAUUCAAGAGUUCGUAAUUUAUUAAAAAACGCAGAUUUGAUAAGUAUAUAAAUGUAGAUUUUGUCAAGGAAUUGGUAGACUUAACAUGAUAAAAUUGCAGAAAAAAUGUAGUAGAUGUUGGAUAAAAUCGAUAAAUUAUAAGAAUAAAUUUCUCAUGAGGCCAAUCUCAACCAACGAGAUUUACAGUUGAAAGAAAUGGACGAAACAACGGUGCAAUUAGAUGAAUACAUAGAAAAUAUUAGUGAAAUGGGUUUGCAACUUAGAUUGGUAACUGAUUUUGUAAAUCAUAUUAGAAAAGGCUUGAUUAGAGUUGAGGGUAAAAUCAAUUAAAUGAAAGAAUAACUCAAAAGUAUGGGUAAUGAUAUUAAAUUUUUAAGGGGAAAAUCUGUUGAAUAGCUGUUUGAAAUUAGAAAAUGGAAAGUAUUGAAAGAAGCGGCAUUCAAAAAUGUCAAGUCCAUUUAUGUUCCUUUAUAAACUUAAGAGAUAUUUCAUUAAGCGGAGGAAAAGAAAGAAGUAAAAUCAAGUAUUUUGAUGAAUUUUGAAUAAUUAAAUGAUACCGAAGGAGAAGUGAAUUAGUUUUUAUUAGAACAGAAGUAGACAGUAUUAUUAAUUCAUGGCGUAGCAGGAUCUGGCAAAAGUACUACAGCAAAGAAGAUAGAAGAAUUUAUCUGGAAAUUACAAAACAAUAACAAAAAAAUUAGUAAUCAAAUACUCAUACCUAUUUAUAUCUCUUUGCCUUCUUUAAAAAAUCCAGUUUUUUAAGCAGUAGAGGAAGCCCUUCGUCAAGAUGAGUAUGGGUUUGACGAGCUCUAAUUGAAAGAAUGUAAGGAGAUGCUGGAAAAGAAGGAUUUCAGGAUUUUUAUUGAUAAUGGACAGUUAUGA